CUGACCUUUUACUACAGUUAUAGCAUUACAUGCUUUCGCGGUCGGAGAUUACUGUACUGUUUGUAUAGUCUGCCUUCGUGAAACGAAGACUUUUCCUUUACCAAUUUUUUCAGAAAAUAGUCACGAGAAUUUCACACGACUAUCGGGAUGUUUGACAACAUGGUAUUACAUAGAUGAUUGAACUUAGUGUUGAUAAAGAACACCAUUAUUAUCUACGCAUGAUUUUGUUACAUAGAAAAACGAAGGGUGGUUAAACAUCACGUAUUUACCUACAGAGUCGCGAGGAACUUACGAUGAAAAGUUAUCAUAACAAAAUAACAUGAACUUGGAGCGCAGGUAUAAAAGGCAGGCAUGACCGCUGAAGGCCCCAUUGAAUAAGGAAGGAGGUAUACGAUAUCAGGCUGACAUUCACGCUCACUUUAGCCUCGUGUGUCCUGCGCAGCAGGUGGGUUGAGAAGAAAACUGACAAAAAUAAAACGGUAUUUUCUUUAUCUUUGACAACGUUUUAUGCUGGGGUCCGACAUAGCACUGCGGGGUUUUAUCGAGGACACGAGGAAAACAAAUCCAGCCGCCUUUGAAGUGGUCCUGUUGGGUGACUGAUAAUAUGAGCUAUGAAAGCGGGGAGCACGUCAAGUGGCCCCUAGCAUCUCCCUCUAUCAGAGUCAACGGUUUGUGUGUGGAGAACUCGGAGUCGGGAUUCCACGGAAAACUUCCCGGAGACUCGGCAGAUCACUGGGAAACUAACGGAACCCCUCACCUCCACCCGGACAACCUCGACUCCCAUCUGUCUAAAAAUAACAACAACCUGGUGGAACACAAAUGCUUUGAAGGACACCACUAUAUCUCGUUUAAAGGCCACGGAUACCUUGAAACAGUAGACGAGGAUAGACUUCUCACAGAAAAAUCUAAUAAUGACUUUUCAAGCAGUCGGAAAUUUUCUGACUUUGAUGCCAGCGACGGCGCGGUUAGUAACAGGAAUAUAGCUCGCCUCAGCAACACAAGUAGUGUGGAGACAGCUGGAUCAACAGGUAGUUCGCCGUGUAAUAAUUCAGCAACAGAUUGUGACUUAUCAGUAACAAGCGCCAACUGGGAGAAACAUUUCAAAAGCACACCUAAUAAGUACGGCGAUUUUCAUCAUCUAUCACCGAGAUUGGUGAGGUUCAAUUCAGACGAAAUGCAGAAUUUUAUCGGUAACAGCGGACCCCCUGCGGAGAGUCCCAGUAUCACCCUGCCACCGAGGUUCAAUAUAUUUAAAGACAAAGCCACAGAUACGGAGAAAAAUGCGGUUUCAGAUUAUUCUGGCAAUCCAGAUGAUUUCGUAUCAAGAGGCAGGGAUCUCGACACGGCUAUUAAGUGGUUAAGACAUGAAAUAUGGCAAAUGCGGAGGCAGGACUACCACCUGAAAAGACAAUUUCUCGACCUUAUUUCCACAAUACACCAUCUACGAGAAACCUCCCAUGGAAUGUACUGCAGCUCGGGAUCAGAUCUUUCCAGUUUAAAUGGCAGCACGGCGUCUCUGGAUGAGAACAGGCUGUCCUCGUCCCUAAGCAGUGCCAGUGCAUAUCUGAGAUCACAAGAGGCCGAUUACUUGACAGAAUUUCGAGCUAGGACAGUUUCUUUCAAUAUACCAAGAACGAGGUUUUCUGUGAGACCGAAAAGUAAAGAAUAUGUUUGAAUGCGCAAGCAACGUGGAGUCGUGUGAAGACCGAAACAAAUCAUUCCCAAUUUGAACAAUACGAAAAUGCGUUUUAUCAAACGCCAUUAGUAGCCUGUAAAAUUACCCAGAUCAGAUUAUCAGAAGGUAUUUUAUUCUAAACACACUGGCAGGCUUAAGAAAGGUUAAUUUUUUUAAAGGAAUCCGUUUUCUUUGAAUUUUUCAAUAUAUUAUUUUGUAAACCGCGUGUUUCAACGAUGGGCAUCUAGUUUGGUUGCUGAAAUUGGCUGCAUGACAAUUGUCCGAGGGUUCAUUGGUCAGAAUGUUCACUAUAGAACCUUCGAACCAAUGAACCCUUUUAAUAAAAAAAACAGAUGAAAAUGUUUCAUUUUUCGAACUUAUGAGACGCAUCCUCUGAAAUUAUGUUUUUUUCUAAGUCUGCAUUGAGCAAUAAGAGCAAACUUAUUAUUUUUCACACUUUUUUCUUUUGUCGAAACAUAUUUUCCCAAAGGUGCCUGUCUGGAACAUAGUACACUGGGAACACUUGCGUAUUGGAUACCAGUCUUGUAGAUAAAUGUGCUUUUUAUAAUAAUGUAAAAAGCGGCUACGCUCACGUAUGAAAAGGAAAAAGCAAGCAAAGGAAGAAUGUAAUUGGAAGUGAAGUGGUUAAGAUAUAUACGUCAAGGCGGUUGAAGUAAACACUAUUCAAACAUGUAAAAUAUUGCAGAACCUUCAAAAGUGAUUAUGAUUUCAACCAGUCUUCUCUUCAUGAUUACAAUGUACGUGGUCGACGUGGAAAAACAAGCUGGUUAAGGAUCUCUAGAGCCGCUGUUGUAAAGUCUGCUUCAGUGGAACUUGUUAUUAUUAUUGUUGUUGAUUUAAAUUAAUCCCAUUUUGUUUAAAAUGAAGGGUGAUGAAAUCACCAAAAGGGGCGAAUGCUACUGGUUUCUCGAGAUGUAAUCUCAUUCUUUCCACAGACUAGAAUUUAUGUACUGCGGCAACGUGUCAAAUGAUUUACAUUACCUUUAU